CAUGCUUACAGAACCGCACAGCCAUGGACCUCAAGGAGAAGUGUCAGGAUGAGAUGACCUCAAGUUUGGGCCUUACCACAAAGAAAGCCCUCACGAUCCUGAGAGACCAGUUGUCAGCACUUCUGGAGGGGCAUCAGAAGGAGCGGAAAAAAGUGACUUCAUGGAAGGAGGUGUGGAGGAGCAGUUUUCUCUACCAUGGUAACCGUUGCUCCUGUUUCCACUGGCCUGGUGCAUCUCUGAUGCUUCUGGCAGUGCUGUUGCUGCUGUGCUGCUAUGGGAGCCAGCCACAGGGGAGCCAAGGUGCUGAGAUAGUUAAUGCACUGGCACUCUUCCUCCUUCUCCUUUUGGAUCUCUUCAUGAUCGGGCGUCAAGAGAGGCUGAAGUGCAGAGAGGUGGAGAGGAGACUUCAGACAAUCAUUGAUAAGAUAAAUGAUACACUUGGCAAAGAGGUGAAAUGGCCAGACUCCAUGUACCCUGACCUUCACAUGCCUUAUGCCCCAUCCUGGUCCCUUCAUUGGGCCUACAGGGAUGGUCAUCUUGUCAACCUGCCUGUGAGCCUGUUAGUAGAAGGAGAUGUCAUUGCUUUGAGGCCAGGUCAGGAGUCAUUUGCUUCUCUGAGAGGAAUUAAGGAUGAUGAGCACAUAGUUCUGGAGCCAGGAGAUCUGUUUCCACCUUUCUCACCUCCGCCCUCCCCAAGGGGAGAAGUGAAGAAGGGACCUCAGAACCCUCAGCUGUAUCGUCUCUUCCGUGUCUUGAAGACCCCAAUAAUAGAUAAUGUUAGGUGGUGUCUGGAAAUGGCUUUGUCACGUCCUGUGACAGCCCUGGAUAAUGAGAGAUUCACUGUACAGUCAGUGAUGCUGAAAUAUGCUGUCCCUAUUGUACUGGCUGGCUUCCUGAUCACCAAUGCUGUGCGCUUCAUUUUCAAAGCUCCUGGAAUUGCUUCUUGGCAGUACACUCUUCUUCAGCUACAGGUGAAUGGUGUCCUACCCAUCCUUCCAUUGCUCUUUCCCAUCCUGUGGAUUCUUGCUACAGCCUUUGGAGAAGCCAGAGUCUUGGCCCAGAUGAGCAAGGCCUCAUCCACCUCACUGCUUGCUAAGUUUUCAGAGGACACUCUCAGCAGCUACACAGAGAUGGUAUCUUCUCAGGAAAUGAUACGCUGUAUCUGGAGCCACUUCCUCUGUGUUUUAAAAGGCAAAUCCCCAACUCUGAGCUUCACUUCCAGCUUGCUUCAUAGUCUGGGAUCCGUCACUGUGCUCUGCUGUGUAGACAAGCAGGGGAUUCUUUCCUGGCCAAACCCCAGCCCAGAGACUGUUCUGUUCUUCAGUGGGAAGGUGGAACCACCUCAUGAUAGCCAUGAAGAUCUGACUGAUGAGCUCUCUACACGGUCCUUCUGCCAUCCUGAAAUGGAAGACGAGCCCCAUGAAAGAGAUGCUUUGCUCUCUGGCCCCCUGGCAGACACAGUCCACAUGACCAAUGAGCAAGAGAGGAACAACUGGUCUAGUGACCCUCCAAAGGCUCCCGAUGCCCAUGCCCACCGAAAGCCAAACAGCAGAAGCAAACAUCCCUCUGGGUCCAAUGUGAGUUUUAGCAAGGAUACGGAGGGUGGAGAGGAGGAACAUACUCAGGUUGUUGGUGACAGUGAGGUGUUGGCUUGUGAGGCUGAAGACUUUGUGUGUGACUACCACCUUGAGAUGCUUAGCCUGUCCCAAGACCAGCAGAAUCCCUCCUGCAUCCAGUUUGAUGACUCCAACUGGCAGAUGCACUUGAAUUCCCUCAAGCCUCUGGGCCUGAAUGUGCUGCUCAACCUCUGCAAUGCCAGUGUGACAGAGUGUCUGUGCCGCUUCUCUGACCACCUCUGUAACAUUGCCCUCCAGGAAACUCACAAUGCCGUGCUGCCUGUCCAUGUGCCCUGGGGCCUCUGUGAGCUUGCCAGGCUAAUAGGUUUCACACCAGGUGCUAAAGAUCUUUUCAAGCAGGAGAACUAUUUGGCCUUGUACCGCUUGCCAAGUGAUGAGAUGGUUAAGGAAACAAUCCUGGGGAAGCUUUCAUCGAUCACCAAGAGAAGACCACCCCUGAGCCACAUGAUUAACCUGUUCGUGAAGGACACCACUACCAGCACUGAGCAGAUGUUUUCUCAUGGGACAGCUGACAUCAUCCUCGAGGCCUGCACAGACUUUUGGGACGGUACCGAUAUCUAUCCCCUCUCUGGCUCUGACAGGAAGAAGGUCUUAGAUUUCUACCAGCGAGCCUGCCUCUCAGGAUACUGUUCUGCCUUUGCAUACAAGCCAAUGCAUUGUGCCUUGUCCUCCCAACUCAAUGGCAAGUGCAUAGAACUGGUGCAGGUCCCUGGGCAGAGUGCUAUCUUCACAUGCUGUGAUCUCCCUGGGACGACCCCCAUCAAACAGAGCAGUCGGAGGAAUAGCUGGAGCUCAGAUGAAGGGAUUGGGGAAGUGAUGGAGAAGGAAGACUGUAUCCAGGCUCUGAGCGGACAGAUCUUCAUGGGAAUGGUCUCAUCUCAGUAUCAGGCCCGUCUUGACAUUGUCCGCCUCAUUGAUGGAUUGGUCAAUGCCUGCAUUCGUUUUGUCUACUUCUCCCUGGAAGAUGAGCUCAAAAGCAAGGUGUUUGCUGAGAAGAUGGGUCUUGAGACUGGCUGGAAUUGCCACAUAUCUUUAACGCCUAAUGGUGAUGUGCCUGGCUCAGAGAUCCCUCCCUCUAGCCCCAGUCAUGCUGGCUCUUUGCACGAUGAUCUACAUCAGGUUUCUCGAGAUGAUGUGGAGGGGCUUCUGCUGAUGGAAGAGGAAGGGCACUCAGAUCUCAUCAGUUUUCAGCCAACAGACAGCGAUAUCCCCAGCUUCCUGGAGGACUGUAACAGGGCCAAACUCCCACGGGGGAUCCACCAGGUGAGACCUCACCUGCAGAACAUAGACAACGUGCCUUUGCUGGUGCCCCUCUUCACAGACUGUACCGCAGAGACCAUGUGUGAGAUGAUCAAGAUCAUGCAGGAGUAUGGGGAGGUGACUUGCUGUCUGGGAAGCUCUGCCAACCUGCGGAAUAGUUGCCUCUUCCUGCAGAGUGAUAUCAGUAUAGCACUGGACCCUCUCUAUCCAUCUCGCUGCUCCUGGGAGACUUUUGGCUAUGCCACCAGCACCACCAUGACUCAUGUCUCUGAUGAGCUCACCCCGCUGCAGCUCUCAGGGCAACUCAACAGCCUGCCUUGCUCCAUGUCCUUCCGCCAAGAAGAGAGUACUAGUAUUAUCAGGCUUAUAGAGCAGGCCAGGCAUGCAACAUAUGGGAUCCGCAAGUGUUUCCUCUUCCUGCUGCAGUGCCAGCUGACCUUGGUGGUCAUUCAGUUCCUCUCCUGCCUGGUGCAGCUGCCCCCCAUCCUCAGUACCACAGACAUUGUGUGGCUCUCCUGUUUCUGCUACCCACUGCUCAGCAUUUCGCUCCUGGGCAAGCCUCCCCACAGCUCCAUCAUGACCAUGGCAACAGGAAAAAACUUGACUUCCAUUCCUAAGAAGACUCAGCAUUACUUCCUGUUCUGCUUCCUGCUGAAAUUCAGCCUGACCAUCUGCUCCUGCCUCAUCUGCUUCGGGUUCACACUGCAUGAGUCCUGCAAAGAGGUGAACACUACCAGCCUCAAUCUCACAGUGUGCUCUUCCAUCAUGCUGCACAGCAAUGCUGAUGGUGCUCCUGACUGGUUUGGGACAUUUUCCAAUGCUCUUCUUGUAGCCCAGAAGCUCACAGCUGGCCUGAUUGUUUUACACACAGUGUUCAUAUCCAUCACCCAUGUCCAUCGCACCAAGCCAUUGUGGAAGAAGAGCCCCCUCUCCAACCGGUGGUGGACGCUCACUGUGGCUGUUGUAUUGCUGGGGCAAGUGGCACAGACUGUGCUGGACCUGAAACUCUGGGAAAACCUCAAUUCUUCAUUGACCUUUAACCACGUUUCCAUCUCCCCUGUCUCAUGGCUUCUGGGUUUUCUUUCCUUGGUCCUUGUGGUUAUCAUCAAUGAGAUUGUCAAGCUGCAUGAAAUCAGGGUCCGGGUCCGUUACCAAAAGAGGCAGAAGUUGCAGUUUGAAACAAAGCUGGGGAUGAAUUCACCAUUUUAAACACUCCCAGCUUGAGUUCCCUGGAGCCAAGGCCACAUAGCCGCAUCCUGCACUGGGAGUGGCUGCACCAAAGGAUCAGGGAUUUUUCCCUCACACAUGCAAACCAGACAGCCUCCUUGCAAAACUACAUCAGCACCUUCCUGGGGGCCUCAGGCAGGGCACUGCUAUCCGGAUCCCCCAGCAGGUAUGCAGUCCCUCCCUAGCCUGCUAGGGUACUCUCAAGGGAGCCUACAAGCUCUAGUGGCUGUUCAGGCUGCUCUUCCUUUAUUUAUUUGUUACUAGAAGUUUUUGGUAGUAUCAUGGUGAUGCUGAAAUGAAGUGACUCCUUCCCCCUGUGUGAGCAGAUGGGUUUCCUAGACCUGGCAGGAGAAUCUGGGCCCAGCAGGGGAGACAUAGGGCUGCUGAAGCAAGAGAUCUCUAUUGAAAGUCAUUUUGUUUUUCCAUCUCUGCAUGCUCACCUGAUGUGUGUGUGCAUGCCUGUGCAUGCCCUCACCCACCUCCCUGUCCCUGUGUCCUGGGGCAAAGGAGCCAACUCUCUUGCAGCUCCAGGAGUGCUGGGUGCCAGGUGAGGACUGGAGCUCACUUUCCCAAGGGUACACUGGGAAGGGUCUCUGGCAGGGUGCUGGGAAAGCCCCUGCGAUGGCCAGGUUGUGCCAGGCCUGCCCUCUAGCGUUGUUGCUGUAGCCAUAUGCCGGCUGUUGAGUGCUUCAAAAGAGGGAUGAGACAGGGCUUUAAGAAAAGCUGUCUGCAUUUGACCCUGGUGAUCUGGUGCAGAGGGCAGUUCUGCCUGCCUGCAGGGAGUCAGCAUGGCUCAGCUUCCUCCAGCCCUAUUGAACCAGCUCUCAUCUGCUUUAACAACCCCCAGAGAGAUUUAUAACUGUCCUCAUUUUUGUGAUUCGAAUUGCUGUUCUGCUUCAGUAAAAUGCCUGCUUGAGAGGGCCAUAGCUAGAAAUAAAACCUGAGACCUGCCUAUCCUGCCGUGGAGGGAGGGGGACAUCUUUCCAGGCAGGAUGUCUGCAUCUUGCAGUUGUGACUAGCAUGGAGCUGGUGGACGGCUCCUUCUCCAGUCCUGGGAUUGUGCUGCAUCUGGUACUUGCUCUCCAAGGC